AUUACGUUGAGACAAUCAGUCCCGGGAUUAUCCAUGACGUUGACACCGUUACAACCAGCAGUCAGAGCUCGCGUCUCUUGUUUUCAUUGUCGUGACAGUAAGCGACGCUGUGACAAAUCAUUACCUGCUUGUCAGCUCUGUCGUCGGAAAAGCCUAGAAUGCCGCUAUCCCCAACGCCGCGGUCAGAAGGCCGCUUCACCGAUUGAGAAUACAGUCAAUAUUGCAGACGUUGCAGCAACCAGUAUUUCUGAUACCAUUUAUCAUGGCACAAUUCAGCCAGAAAGGGUGCAAGAUCUGGUCAACGCCAGGGCCAUUCGCUUUCUGGCUCCGGACCUCUUUCGCGAUCUCCAUCUUCAACUGCCACGUAUGGAGUGGGAUAUGCCUGUUGAGAUUGAAGCCCAACUCGGAGGCCGUCAGCAGAUGCAAGAGACGACAAAGGCAUUCCUCCAACUGACAAGAUCAUGGAUGCCUAUAGUCAAUGGGAAGCGUCACCUAGCUACCGUGUUAAAUCCGCUGGUCCCGCACCGUCGUCCGACGGCACUCAUGGCUUUAUGCAUGAAGUUAUGCUGCCUUCCGGUUGGCAAAGUUGAGGAGAAGCGUGUGCUAUACGACCUCGUGAAAAAGUUCUAUGCGGAGGUUGAGAGACAAGAGGAUUCCUGCAUCCAAGUCAUGCAGUCGGCAGUCUUCAUUGCUGUGUUUGAGAUGGGCGAUGCAAUUUUCCCGGCUGCUUACUUGACUGUCGGGGCCUUGGCAAGAUACGGUAUGGCUAUGGGAAUGGAUAAGAUCAACCAGGAUGUGAUGGGUAAGGACUGUGAUGCAGCCGCAGGCGCAUCGUGGGCGGAUAUCGAGGAAAUGAGGAGGGUUUGGUGGGGGGCAUUGAUCCUUGACCGCCUGCUCAAUGUGUCUCAACCUUCUCGUGGCUUAAUCACGGCUGAUCCCUCAUUCGAGGAGUUCCUCCCUGCUGACGAUGAGUUCUUUUACAACCAAUCGUCUUCACCCGAACACGCCACUCGCAUAUCUGAGGGGUUUACCUUCAAGAUGGGAUCCUUCGCAAGGCUAUGUCAAGCCACUCACCUCAUCAGCAAAUCUCUCGCAUUCUGCCGCGGUGCCUCUAAUGGCAGCGACGAAGUUCCACAGAAUAGUCCGCCUGAGGAAGUGGGACAGCUCUGCCGUACACUCGAGUCCCUAGUCCGUGUGAACGAACUAGAAGUGACAAGCCGCCAACUAGCGUUCUGUAGUCAAAGCUCUGUUUCAUACAUUGGGAUUCUGCUACUGCAGCGGCACUAUUGGCGACGCGCUGGCCACGAGUUGGAACAUGAUUCGACGCCUAAUAUCUUCCCGGAAACGAUUUCAGCGCUCGAAACUCUGGAUCGCAUCUCGACGACCCUACGCGAAGGCGGCUACGAUCUAUGGCAACACCUUGAAGACGGGCGAUGUUCUCUCUUCCUGGUUGAACUAGUCUAUCAAGGCAUGCUGGUUCUGUUACGAAUGGGUAAAGUAUGGCUUGCAGAGGACGUACAGAGGAAGAAGGAAUCGCUAGGCUGGCUUAUCUCGCACAUGGGGAAGCGGUGGCCACUCGUCGCCGUGUAUAAGCGUACCUUGGAGGCUAGGGAGAGUAUACUGGCUGUUGAAGAUGCUUUGACGUAGGAUAUAUAACCGUACAAACAACUUCUACAGACGAGGUGUCUGCUUAGAACACAUAUGCAAUAAAACUCUCUUCGCUGGCUUCCGUUAUGCU